AUGGUCUUUGACGCCGUCGCGCAGUUUGUCGCCUCCGUCGACGAAACGCCGCGCGACGUCGCCGCGAGCGCGCUCACGACGAUCGGCGCGUUCGUGUGGGUGAAAGCAUUCGACGCGCUCGCCGAUCGCGGGGCGUUCGCGUCGACGACGUCGAGGAAGUUGGUGCACGUGACGAGCGGGACGUUUUUCGCGUGCACGUGGCCGCUGUUUAGCGCGAGCGGCGCGGCGCGAUUCUUCGCGGCGGCGAUCCCGCUGGCGCAGGGGGUGCGAUUAUUCGGCAUAGGGUCGGGGAUGAUUAAGAACGCGAGCGCGGUGCGGGCCGUGAGCCGAGAGGGGGGGAAGGAGGAGCUGUUGAAGGGGCCGUUGUAUUACACGGCGGUGCUCGCCGCGUGCACGAGCGCGUAUUGGCGGACGAAUCCGAUUGGAAUAGUCGCGAUGGCGAUGAUGUGCGGCGGUGAUGGAUUCGCGGAUCUCGUCGGGCGGAAGUUCGGGAAAGGGAACGCGCUGCCGUGGAACGAGGAGAAGAGUUUCGCUGGGAGCGCGGGGUUCGUGGCGGGCGGAUUCGGCGUCGCGAGCGGAUUAUUGGCGUAUUUCGACGCGUUUGGCUUCAUCGAAGCCACGCCGACGACGUACUUUGUCACGCUCAUCAUCGCUUUCGCGUGCGCGCUCGUGGAAUCGUUACCGAUCACGUCCAUCGUCGACGAUAACUUUUCCGUCGCCAUCACCGCCAUCGCGUGCGGUUCGUUGUUAUAUUAG